UAUACAGAAUUCAUUGCACGCGAGACUUGCAUAGCGUGUGACUGUGUGAGAGACUGAGAGUGAUAGCACACUUAAGCUCACCGGGUGGUCUCCCCACUCGCUCCCACGGCAGCCCGUUUCCGUCCACCGGAAGUGCCGGCCUUUCCCCACUCGCUCUCGCUCCCAACCUCCUCUUCUUCUUCGUCUUCGGCCUCCUCCAGGACUGAGUCCCACACGCUUCGCAUUCCACCCGCCCCCUUUUCGCGUGAACGCGCCGGCGCCGCGGAUCCUGCCGUCACGAAUGGAGGCGUGGCCGGACGAUUUCCGCUGCCCCAUCACGCUGGAGGUCAUGACGGACCCGGUCAUCCUUCCCUCCGGCCACACCUUCGAGCGCCGCAGCAUCCAGAGCUGGCUCGACGGGGGGCACCUCACCUGCCCCGUCACCAACCUCCCGCUGCCGCCCUCCCCGCCGCUCAUCCCCAACCACGCGCUGCGCCGCCUCAUAGCCGCCGUCUCGCCUUCCGCGGCGGCGUCUCUCGUCCCUGCGGAGGGAGGGGCGCACGCGAGGCAAGAAGCGGUGUCGGCGGCGGCGGCGGUGCCAGCCCGGCCCGCGUCGCCCGUGCCGGCGCUGCUGAGGCUGGCCAAGUCCGGCGCCGCAGGGCGGAAGGAGGUGCUGGAGUCCGGCAGCGCGGCGGUGCUGCUGCGGCACGCGGAGGCCGGGGACGAGGCGGCGGCCAGGGCGCUGCUGCACCUCAGCCUGGACGGUGACGACACGCGCGUGGGCCUCGUGGCGGACGGCGCCGUGGACGCGCUCUCCGCCGCGGUGUCCCGCGGCGGCGCGGCGGCGGCGUCCGCGGCCACGGCGCUGACCAGCCUCGCCACCGUGGACGUGAACAAGUGCACCAUCGGGGCGCACCCCUCGGCCAUCCCGGCGCUGGCGGGGCUCCUCCGCCGCGGCGGGCCGCGGGAGCGCCGCGAGGCCGCCACGGCGCUCUACGAGCUCUGCAAGCUGCCGGAGAACCGGCGCCGCGCGGUGCGCGAGGGCGCGGCGCCCGCGCUCGCCGACUUCGCCGCCGCCGGCUCCGCGCGCGCCGUCGAGGUGCUCGGCCUCCUCGCCCGGUGCCGGGAGGGGCGGCAGGAGCUGUGCAGGGUCCCCGGCGUCGUGUCCGUGCUCACGGGCGCCGCCGGGAGCGGCAACGCGCGCGCAAUCGAGCAGGCCCUGCUCGUCCUCAACUGGAUUUGCUCCGAGAGCAACGAGUUGGCGCUGGAAGCAAUCAAGCUGCAGGCUUUCGACCUCUGCGAGGCUCUGGUGAACGACGACAACUGCAAGAUCGCCAAGAACGCGGUCGACUUGGCCCGGACGCUCGAGAAAGCGUAGAAUUGGAUUGGGCUGUCUCCCCCAAAACAUGAGAUGAGAUUCGCCAUGGGUUUUGAUUCAACACCUGCUCGAUUGGUCGGGUGUUGGCCUCAUUGUACAGAGGUAGCAACAGCAAAGGUGAACCUUUUAUCUUUCUUCUCUUACUCCGUUUCAUUUCCAAGUUGUAGCUGCGCCGAAAGGAGGACAAAAAAAAAACAGUAGAAUUUAGCUUAUGUUCAUAUGGUUAGAACCAGAGAGAGAAAGGAGUAUGGUUCCUGAACUUGUCAGUUAGAACUUCUUUCCAUGUUUCAGAGAGUGACCAGACCAUCAUCCAGUCUGAGAUGUUGUUCACAAUGAUUCAUCUGAUGAUGUAGUGAAAGUGAGACCAAAUGAUCUGGAGUGGCUCACGAUCAAAAGUAGGAUCGCCAGUCGUUUUUUUUCUCUCCCCCUUGCUUCACUGUGCUCUACAGUUUUACAUUGAGAAUUGGAUUGUGUGUGUAGCGCC